AUGUUUGUGGUCCAGAUUAUGUUACUGUGGGUGGAGGAGAGGGUUCCUUUCUACGCCCACCUGAGUAUAAACAGGGAUGAUGUGGAAUCAGGAACCGCAGCACCCAACAUGAAGACUAACAGGCUCAGGACCGCGAGGCUGAUCCUCCUUGUGUUCCAGCUGGGUCUGAUUCUGAGAGCAGAGGCCCAGGUUCCAAAUGCCUGCAUUGCGAGUGAAACGAACCGAGCUCCAGAUUAUGGGGACAUAAAUGUGUCCUGUGGAACUCAGUCCAUAGACCUCAGCAUUUUACUGUGUCCAGUCUAUAACGCUCUUUACAAUGAGUCUCUGCUGGUCCUCAAUAAUCAGUUCUCCAAAGCUGGCUGUUUUGGCACUCCUGACUGGACCGCUGUCCCACCGGUCUUAAGAUUCAAAAUCCCCUUGAAUGAAACGUCCGUCACAGCCUGCGGCAACAGCUUUAAGAUAACUAGUGACGUGGGAAACGGACUCUUUUCAGACUUCUCAAGCGUCCAGAAUGUCAAUAUCUCUGGCCUUGUCAAUUCUAACGACCCCACCGGCGGGACAAUCACCUAUCGAUCGCAGCUCCUGUACAGGUUCUCCUGUUACUAUCCGCUGCAGUACCUGCUGAACAACACUCAGCUGGGCGUGUCGGGCGUGAACGUGGCCGUUCGGGACAACAACGGCAGCUUCAUCAGCACGCUGAGCAUGCAGCUCUACAAAGACAGCUUGUACCAAGAACCCCUGAUAAUCCCACAAUCAGGACUCAGUCUGAAGACCAAGAUUUAUGUUUCUGUUAAAGCCACCAAUCUAACUAACAGGUUCAAUGUGCUGCUGGACAGAUGCUACGCUACAACCAGUCCAUACCCCUCAUUUGCCGUCUUUUAUGACCUCUUCGUGGGGUGUACGCGCGACGCCCAGACUAAGAUCGACCUCAACGGCGUGUCCCAGAGGGCGGCCUUCUCCUUCGAGGCCUUCAGAUUCAUAGAGCACAAAAACGUCACCGUCUCCACUUUCUACCUGCACUGUGCCACCAGGCUGUGCGAGGUCUCCACCUGCAGCUCAUUAUUACCCGUCUGUUCCGGCAGAAGAAAGAGGGAGGUUCAGGGGGGGCUGCCCAACGCCACCGUCACCUCAGCCGCCAUAUAUGUCGGCCAGGUGAACGAAGGAGGUGCUCUGACCACUGUAGUUCCUACUGGUGGGACGAAUGGGACCACCUACAGCAGCCCAAUGGUUGCCGUCAUCAUUUGCAUUGUCAUCCUAACCAUUGUCAUCAUCGUCAUGGCCUGGUACUUUGUGUUCGUCAUUGGAAGGAGGAAACAACCUCGCCACUGAUGCCUCCAGACCCUUCACCUCCCAAAGUGUAAUAAUUUACCAUCUACAGAACAGGAUCAUACGCUACAGUAGAGAUUCAUGCUUACAUUCAUUUAGAUGUUUCAUCACAACA